AUGACGACAACCAUUGACACAAAGCAAGUCGAACAUGCAGUUACUUUGAUCAAUAUUGCUUCCGAGAUGGACCAGUCUGGUAAUCAUCAAAUGGCCUUUGAUCUUUACAUGAUGGGUCUGGAUCGCAUGUUAUCUGCAUUCCCAUUGGAAACCAACGCAAACAUGAAACGUGCGUUGGAAGACAAGAUUCGAGAAUUCAAGCAAGAAAAACGACUCAACCUCGACUUACCUCCUGCCGAUGUCACUGAACUGGCUGAGGCACUGAAUGGAACGACAACAACAACAACAACGACACAUAGUGCCACUCGAUUGACCGAACUCGUUGUAAAUGCAUUAGUCUAUGGCGCAGUAACGCUGAAAAAGAGUCCUGUACCUUAUGUUCUCACAUCCGUCAUGACAUACGCAAAGGCAGGUCUUCAGCUCGUAGACGAUACUUGCCAGAUCCGCAGACGUACUCGAGACAUUGCAUCUCAUGGCAUGGCUAAAGCCGUCGAGCUGGAACGCCAUUAUGAGAUCCAUGAGAAACUGACAGAGAGCAUGAACGCCGUGUAUGGAGCCAUUGCCAAAGCCAAUGCGGCUUAUACCGAAACACCCGGGUUCAAGCAGGAUGAGGAUGCUGCUGUGCCAGCUGCUUAA